AGGUGCGCGCCGGGGCAGGGAACAUGGACUUGGCGCGCCUCUGGCUGGGACUGCUGCUGCCCUUGGCGGCGGCGCUGGAUUUCGGCUACCACCACCAGCAAGAGAUGGAAGCGUUCCUGAAGUCGGUUGCCCGGGACUACGGUUCGAUCACUCACUUACACAGUAUCGGGAAGUCAGUGGAAGGCAGAAACCUGUGGGUUCUUGUUGUGGGGCGGUUUCCAAAGGAACACAGAAUUGGGAUUCCAGAGUUCAAGUACGUGGCAAAUAUGCACGGAGACGAGACUGUAGGGAGAGAACUGUUGCUCCAUUUAAUCGAAUAUCUUGUAACCAAUGACGGAAAGGACCCUGAAAUCACACAGUUAAUCAACAGUACCCGGAUACACAUCUUGCCUUCAAUGAAUCCAGAUGGAUUCGAAGCUGUCAAAAUACCCGAUUGUUACUACAGCGAUGGACGGGAGAACAGUAACAACUACGACCUGAAUAGAAACUUCCCAGAUGCUUUUGAGUUUAAUAAUGUAACAACUCAGCCUGAAACUGCAGCAGUCCAGGAGUGGCUGACAACAGAGACAUUCGUCCUCUCUGCAAACCUCCAUGGUGGCGCCCAGGUGGCCAGUUACCCAUUUGACAACGGGGUCCCAGAAACUGGGACAUCACAUUUUCGAAGCUUAACCCCAGAUGAUGAUGUGUUUCAAUAUCUUGCCUAUACAUAUGCUUCAAAUAACCCCAGCAUGAAGAAUGGAGAUUCGUGUAAAAAUCAAAUUAAGUCUCCUAAUGGAAUCAUAAAUGGGUACUCUUGGUACCCACUGAAAGGUGGAAUGCAAGAUUACAACUACAUCUGGGCCCAGUGUUUUGAAAUUACAUUGGAGCUGUCAUGCUGUAAAUAUCCUCCUGAGGAGAAGCUUCCAGCCUUCUGGAAUGAUAACAAAGCCUCAUUAAUCACAUACAUCAAACAGGUGCAUUUAGGUGUCAAGGGUCAAGUUUUUGAUCAGAAUAAAAAGCCAUUACCCAAUGUAAUUGUAGAAGUACAAGAUAAAAAGCACAUCUGUCCCUAUAGAACCAAUGAAUUUGGAGAGUAUUACCUUCUUUUAUUGCCUGGCUCCUAUAUAAUAAAUGUUACAGUCCCUGGACACAAUCCACACCUCACAAAGGUGACUAUUCCCCAAAAAUCUCAUAAAUUCAGUGCUCUUAAAAAGGAUAUUUUUCUUCCACUCCGAGGACAUUUGGAUUCUAUCCCAGUAUCCAAUCCUUCAUGUCCCAUGAUUCCUCUCUACAGCAACUUGCCAAGCCACUCAGCUGCAACAAAGUCUAGUCUGUUCUUAUUAUUACUGAGUCUUGGUCACAUAUUUCUCAAGUAAAACAACAUGUGAAACUCAACUCCCAACACAACCUGGAAUCAGGCAUUACUCACACCAGGUUACUGCAACUCUGACUCCCUCUGUGGGACCUCAACUGGAUCAAGUCCACAGUCCUGCCCUAGGAAAAGAAAAGGUGGUUUCCACAUCCUACAUCAAGCCAUGUGCAGUGGGACGAAGAAUGAUUUGGUCGUGAUGAUGUACGGGAGGUACCUCCCUGUCAAGCACUGCCCACUGCUACUAUAUCUUGAAGUUAUCUUAGAACUUUGUACGAGGUUGAACUUGAGGAGCAAAAAAGGUUCCUGCAAGAAAAUUUAAAGGAGCUGGUUUUGAAUCCAGAGCCAAAUAAACAUCAGUAAUGCAGCUGAGCAGUUAGUGACCACCUGACUUUGAGAGCUCUAGUUUUCCUUAUGUUCUUUGAGAGAACCAACGACCAUGACUCAGUGGCUCGAGAAAAUAUGAUCCUCAUGGGAUCCCAAGAGUUUACAAAGAGCCUCAGAACAACAGAUGAGUCAAGUGUCCUUACCCUUCUGCACUCAGAUUUCAGUCUUCUGUCCUGCAGAUGACCCCUGAAAUAUGUAACUAUCCCUUACCGGAGCUUCCAAUCACAUCUAUCAUUGGGCAUAUCCCCCUGGUGGAACUCACAGGUAUCUCAAAAACCUGUCAUGACAAAAAUGGUUAUUUCUCAAAGUGCUGCUUUUCUUCCUGUAUUCACUGUCCCUAUUCAUUGUGCCACCAGCUCUAAAAUUUGGGUCAUCCUGGUACUUCCUCUUCCUCCUUCAUUCCAUAUAUUCUGUCAGUAAGUAUAUGGAAUGUACUUACUUACAUUAAGUACCCUCUCUCCAUGGCCAAGACUGACAAAUUUAAAUCCAUGCUCUCCCCAGUACUGGGAAAGGGGCCAGUUCUACUUAAAACAUAGUCAGCCAUUGGUGCUUGUCGCUCCAGCACAGAAAUGUGCUGUCUGUGCCCCGUUUCUGCAAUGCCAUUUUGAUCCAUUCUUCUCUUUCCGAUGCCUUUAAUACUCAGUUCAUGGGGCUUAAGAGCUUGUACAGGGGACAACGUUCUUGUCUUGCAUAUGGACGAUCAUAUGACACUCCAUAUGGUUGCCCAAGCACAAGUGAUCCCGGAGCUCAGAGCCAGAAGCCCUGAAUACAGAUGGGCGUCACCCUCCCCCACUCCCCGCCACCAAAGAAAAGAAGAGAAAGAAAAAGAAAAGAAAUAUUAUAUAUGACACUUUCUUUCUGGACUUUGCAUUUUUUUCUACUGGUGGUUGAUGGUUGAUAGUAAAGGUUGUUAUGUAACAUUUGCUAAUAACAUUAAAAGAAAACAAAAUGGCAACUAGUACUCAAUUUGAAACAACCACUAGAAGUAUGAUAAAACAUUCUACCUAAAAACUAAGUGGAGGAGGGCAGUGUGGAGGAAGGAUCAAGCAAGGGGGGGAUAAAAGCACAAGUAUGUUAAGAUUUGUAAGUGCUCAUGGAAUGGGAGUUUUAUUGGUGCUUAUUUUAAAGUGAAAGUGCUAUUAAAUCUAGAGAUUUUCAGAUCCAGGAGUUGCUACAUGAUGAAUGUUUGAGAAACAUGAUUAAAUGGGAAAUACUUGAUAUUUGGUUAUUUAGGAACUAUUCCUUGUCAAGCUUACUCUUCACACAAAUUCAUACACAUUAAAAUUUAAGGGAUUUUAAUCACUUAUAAAAAUCUGGUAAUAACAUCUUUAUUUUUAUUUAAAUAAAAGUAAGCAUAUACUUGAACAUAUGUGUUAAUAUAUAUUUCAGAAAAUUACUUUGAUAUAUUAAGUCACCUAAAACAACUCAUCUAUCAUUAAGCCAUUAACAACUUUUCAGUGAGGCAUUCUGAAUUCUCAUUUUUCUUUCCUAAAAGUGUUUUUGGAGGGAUCUGAGCCAAAAUCUGAACCGAAUUGGUUUAUAAGCCUUAGAGUUGAAAAAAAAUUAUAUAAAAUUUUAUCAAAAUCAAUUUAAAAUCAUUUGGAGAUUGGGCAAAACAAAAUCAUCUCCAAAUAAAAUUUGAGUUUAAAUCAGAGCAGGUUUAGAGUAUGUGUUUUGUAGCAAUAGCACUGCACAUGAAGGUAACGUUUGUAGAGUUUGUAAAUAGAAUCUCUGAUCAUCAGAGGAAGAAUCCAAGAAGAAAAAAAAAAACAUGGAGUUCUAGUCAUAGAGCAGCUCCCCAUAUCCCACCAUUUCUACUGACACCCACCCUUCAGGACUAGAGGCUUUGAAACCAGAGAGUACUGGCCAACUCCCAUUCAGUCCCCAGCACUGCAAAUAUUAGUAUGAAUAAAUGAAAUAAUUAUAAGGCAGGGGGUCUAGACUCAACUCCACACCACGUGGAGAUACCUGAUUCCGUAACUGUGGAAGACAUCACAUGUUGAUGCCACUGUGGUGCUGGGGCAGAGAGAAGGGUCAUUAACACUCAGAUGGUAUAUUUUUAAGAGGCCUGGAGUGACAAUGCAGGGGAUAACGUGCGUGCCUUGCUUGCAGCCAACCCAAACCAAGACAGCCUACAGCCCCACAUCAGCUAUCAGGACUCAUCCCUGAAUACUGAACCAGGAGUAAUGCUGCCCCCUCCCAAAUAUUCCUCAUAUUUAUAUAAGGGAUUUUACUUUACUAAAAGAUCAAAUCUUGGGCUAGAGAGAUAGCAGAGUGGGUCUGGCACUUACCUUGCAUGCAGUCAACCUCAAUUUGAUUCCUUCAGCAGCACGUAUGGUCCCUAGUCACACCAGGAGUGAGCCCUGAGCACUAACAGGUGUGAUCCCCAAACCUCCAGAAAAUAAUAAAGACCAAAUCUUUGCCUUAGAUGUAAACAGAAUUGCCUUGAAAACGAAAAUGGAAGAAUCAUUUUACUAUUCAGGAAACUCUCCCUGAAUUUUUUUUUCAUGAACCUACUUAAAAUUAUGUUAACAUGAAUGAAUUUUUAAAAAUUUCUCCCCCACCCCCACGUCCUUCCAUUAUGCGUGUUGCUGCAAAGACCAGGCAUUGUGCACACUCCUGGCAAUGGUGCUCAAACAUGAAUUAACUUAAAUGCUGGGGAGCAUUUCAAAGAAACAUUAAGUCUGUGCAAUGCGUCAGCGUUGAUUCUGGUGCUUAAUUUAUGUUAGACUUGAGCUGUUACAUCAAAAAUACUAAAAGCCUCUUCAAGCAUUUUUGAAAAUCUUUCUAAAAAUUCAACUUCGUGCUUUGUUUCAGAAGCAAAUUCGCAUUUGUAAUGUUUCUAGAAAUUAGAAAUCUAGAAAUUAGAGAAGUAGCUGUACCUUUAGAGAUAGAAGAAUUUGACGCUGAGGGCUAGAGAGAGAGUAAAGUGGGCAGGACGUUUGCCUAGCACACAGCCAGGUUUGAUCCCUGGCACUCCAUGUAGUCCCCAGAAUCCCAUCAGGAAUGAUCCCUAAGAACAAAGCCGGGAGUAAGCCCUGAGCAUCACUGGGACAAGAUACUUCAAAUCCAAACAUCAGAUACCCUCACCCCUCAAAAAAAAAAAAAAAAAAAGUACCUGACAUGUGGAUUUGAAAUAUCUUGUCAUAAGUAAUCCAGAAAAAUGAGCAUAGCAUUAUUAUCUCAUUACAACAAAGCAAGCUGGUGACUGAGACAUCUUGGUUUUUAAUCUUUACGGUGAUAAUAUAUACAGCUGAUACCUGUUUAUGACAGUUCUUUAAAUCUCCCUCAUGGCUUUAAAUUAAAGCCAAGAGCAUGAUGGGGGAAACAUAGUUCUACAGAUCAAUCAGAAAAGGUUCAGAGCCUAAAACUGAAGUCUGGAGGAAGAGUUGUAUACUUUACAUUUUAUUGUUAAUAGAUAUUAUACUGUAUUGCUCUCAACUAUUUAUCUGCUUUAUGAAUACUCUACGUAUAAAUACUUCACAGCCCUUUAUAGAUGUUUCAUUACUGAUUUUACAAGUUUUCUCAGUUACGUUACUGUAUGAGCUUAAUAUGCACAAAUGUCUAGAUUAGAUUGUAAAGUUGAUUGGGUAGGGGUCACAACUACCUCUGAAUUUAGAAUACAUUCUUCAAUAAAGAACUGAUAUUCAUGUAAAUGAAAUUGUUUCUUUCCAUUGCAUUACCUUGAGAACAAAUAUUUAUGCAGAAAACUGACUGGCACCAAAUAAAGCCUGGGAAAUUUUAUUACCAUUUAUGAGGCACUAAUAUUGCAACAGAUUCUCAAAGCUCAACAAACUCUUCCAGAACAGUUCCCAUAUGAUACAUUCUGUGAUACAUUCAGUUCCCAUAUGAUCUAUUCUGUGUUACAUUCCAAAUUAGUUUGUACCACAAAAUAGAUGAUGGAUUAAAAACAUGCUUUCUGAUAAAAAAAAAAGGGGGGGGGAACACAAAAUUCACAAAACAUUUAAGGUAGUAGAGAAGUCUGAGAAAUUGUCAGGACUAAAAUGGAUUUUCCAAAUGUACUUAGCCACAAAAUCAUUUUCUUAAAUAGCCUCGUGGACUGGAGCGAUAGCACAGCGGGUAGGGAGUUCACCUUGCAUGCGGCUGACCUGGGUUCAAUUCCUCUGUCCCUCUCAGAGUCCAGCAAGCUACCAAGAGUAUCCCACCUGCACAGCAGAGCCACACGAAUAAGCUACCCGUGGCGUAUUCGAUAUGCCAGAAACAGUAACAACAAGUCUCACAAUGGAGACGUUACUGGUGCCAGCUUGCCAGCUCAAGCAAAUCCAUGAGCAAUGGGAUGACAGUGCUACAGUGCUACAAUGUAGCCUAGUACCAUCCCUUUGAACAUAGAGUUCUAUAUUUUCAAACAUUUGGGGAAAUGCUAAUAAAAGGAAAUCAUUUGUCCUGUAAUUUUAUUGAUUUGAAAGUGCUUCUGAAAUGAAGCAUGAACAGAAUUUGUUACAUAUAGCAUUAGAAAACUAACCUUCAUAUAACCUCUAAUACUGAAUUUUGAGUCAUAAAAAAGAUGGGCUCCAAUUUAUGUGUGCUCUUGAAACAUGCUAAAUCCGUCGGUUCCAAUCAGUUCAUGCUGACUAGAUUGUGGCUUUUUCAGGUACCAAUUUCUAAAAAUAAAUAAAUAUACAAUUUAGAAAGGAACUCUGAAAACCAUUGUUUGGGGCCACACCAGUGUUGCUCAGGGCUUACUCCUGACUCUGCACUCAGGGACACUCCCAGCAGGCCUGGGAGUGGAUGAGGUAUGUGUACUGAACCCAAGUCAGCCACAAGGAAGGCAAGUGCCCUGCCCACUGUACUAUCUCUAUUCCCCAAUGGAAGCUUUUCUAUUUUCAAAAUAAUUACAUAGUAAUCUCUUUGGCAUACAUUUUCUGGUCUAUUCCCACUAAUCCUCAGUAUUUAAAUUUGUAAGCCCUUAGCAUAUCUUAUUGCCCACUACUUCCCCCCAAAAUGCAAGUAACAGGUUUUAUUUUUUUUUUGCUUUUUGGGUCACACCCGGCGAUGCACAGGGGUCACUCCUGGCUCUGCACUAAGGAAUUACCCCUGGCGGUGCUCAGGAACCAUAUGGGAUGCUGGGAAUCGAACCCGGGUGGGCCACAUGCAAGGCAAAUGCCCUACCCGCUGUGCUAUCGCUCCAGCCCCCCAACUAACAGUUUUACAUCAACUAAAUUUUAAAAUAUUAGAAAAAGGGGUAAAAAGAAAAACAAUACAAAUAAUUGAUUUGUCUCCUUUAGAUGGUAGUUUUUGUUUCUCCUCUUCCAUCUUUAGAGGCAAGUAAGAUUUGUGGCAGAAAAUGGUCUAAGAAAAAGAAAGCAUACCUGCCUCGUAGAGUUUCAUUCGUCUAAAAUAGGCAGGACAUUUGAGAUUCCAAGAGAUAAUACAGCAGUUAAAACGCUUGCCUUGCAUGUCACUGUGUUCCAUCUCGGGCACCACAAACACUCCCCCCCAGAUCCCUGGAGUGAUCCCUUAACACAGAACUAGGAAUAAGCCCCGAGCGCAGCUGGGUGUGCCCUCCCACCCCAAGAUAAAUUUUUUUUGAGAAAUAAAUACAGUCAUAAUGGGGGAAAAGUAGGAAAAGCUAGAAUUUUGGAAUUUGGAAUGUGAAAGGUAUUUUUAAAAGUUGACUUCAAGCGCAUAUGCUGCCUGAGCCCAUGUGCUGCUUGCACCCACGUGGCCAAGCACACGUGUCGCCUGCAUCUCCCCUCUUGAGAUGUGUACUUUCAUGCUCUCGUGUCUAGUGCUAGGAUGUGUGUAGAGCUCUCUCCACCCUUGGAGAAGCCCACAUUCUCUCUUGAGUGCGUUAUUCUCACUAUUCUCUCUCCCACUUAUCCCUUCCUCCUUCCCUCAAAAACCUCUAAAUAAAAUCUGUUAACUUUAAAAAAAAAAAAGUUGACUUCAAGAAAACACCUAAAGAGUCAUAUGCUGAGGGAAGAUUCACAGAACUAGAAUAAGGCAGUAGAUUAUAGUCAAUUAUAGCCAGAUGAAAGGACCAAGUGACUCAGAAACUCCCAUCUUCACUAUAUGCUUAUUUAUUGACAUUAUAAAAAUUACACCCAUCUAUGCCAUGACAGUUUACAAGUAUCAUGGUAACCUCACGAAGAAACCAAAUGUUAGACUCUGGAUGGCACUGACUUAUAAACAGCACCUCAGAAACUACACUCUUCUGAAAUCCCAUGUCUAUUCCAGCCCAUGUAAACCCCGUGUCUACACCGGUCUGAUCGAGAACUAUGUAGAACAGCACUGAGUAUGCCUGCACUGGGCACACUUACCUUUAGUAACUGCUAACUCACAAACAUGCUACCCUUUUGAGUAUGCCUGCCCGCUGACUUGAGGGUGUGCUUUCACUCUAACUGUAUUUUAUUUCUCAGGUUUGUUCAACUCUUUCCUGCAAAGUACUUAAGUACUUACUGGAUUUUUCUGAAAACACAAGGAUGAGGAGCUGCAAGUUAUCACAGCAGUUAGAGCCCAUGCCUGGCUUGCACCCAACCCAAGUUCUAUGGCCCCAGCACCACAUGAUCUCUUAAGCAUCACUGGGGGCAGCCCCAGGUUCACCAGGGACACUCUGGGGACCCCUAUGCCCCUAAGCUUGGCUAUGGUGACUGGGUACCCCCAACACGGCAGAGCGUGAGCAGCACUGCACCAUCAGGCUGUACACUGAACCCCCCACCAAUUAGCCAGGAAACACAUGGUGGGGUCCCCCUGCCUCCCCAGCUGUGUGGAAGACCCAAAAUAAAUACAAAAAUGUGAGGGAAAAUGUCCCAAUUAAAAAAUAAAUGUCUAUAGUAUAGCAGGUAGGGGACUUACCUAUCAUAUGGCAGGCCUGGGUUCGACCCCCAGCACCCUAUAUGGUCCCCCAAGCCCCACCAAGAGUGAUUCCUAAGCACAGGCCCAAGAGUCAGCCCUGAGCACUGCCAAAUGUGUCCCCUCCCCACUCCCAAAAAAGAAUCCCUAGGAAUUCAGAAAUAUAACAGUAGAGCACUUACUCUGUACACGAGGUGAGUUCUGUCCUGGUGCAUCUCAUUAUCAAAUACAACCCCUGGCAUCAGUGAAUCCCUAAGUGGACACUACCUCUUCUUCCCAGGGGGCCUUGAACUAUCAGAGUGGGGGAGGUUGGAGCACCGGGUGUAAUUAGGGGAUAUUUCUGUUUUUGUUUUUGGCUGUUUGAGUCACACCUGGCUCUACACUCAGGAAUUACUCCUAGCAGUGCUCAAAGGACCAUAUGGGAUGCUGGGAAUUGAAUCUGAGUUGGUCACGUGAAAGGCACAUGACGUAAUUGCUGUACUAUUGCUCUGGCCCCUAUUUUCUAUUUGCUUAAAGAAGGCAGAUUUCCAGGGGCGUACUUUUCUAAAAAGCAGACUGUAGGCCAAUUAAGUGUGGGAACAACCCCGGACAAGUAUGUAUAAUCCUUGGUGAAAGGAUGUCAAAGUACUGGAACAAGCAUGGGACUCCAAAUGAACAACAAAAGCAAGAGUGCAACCUCCAGACAGCAAAAUCAAGGAAAGAAAGAGGGUGGGAUGGAGUGGAGAGAAUAUAAAAAUAAAUGUAAUUAAAUGUAUUUAACAAAUUUUAAUCUAAGGUAGAUGUGGCUCAGUGAAGACUGCCUGUCUCGCAGGAAGAUGCCCAGAGUUUGCUCCUGGGCACCACAUCCCAUGCCAAGUGUGACCCUCAGCACAACAAACACAACCCCUGAUGCACUACAACCAAGUGUACUUGUGCCAGCACAAUUAAAUGUGAUGUGAUACCACCCUCUUCAGGUUCCUCACUAGCACAACUGUGAACACAACUAAAGGAAUGCAACACCACCUUACGACCCCCACGCACCAAUGGGGACCCUAAACAUCAAGACGAAAGAGAAUAUCAGAAAAUAUGUAUAUAUAUAUAUAUAUAUUUUUUUUUUUCUUUUUGGGUCACACCCAGGGAUACUCAGGGAUUACUCCUGGUUCUGCACUCAGGAAUUAUUCUUGGCAGUACUCAGAGGAUCAUAUGGGAUGUCAGGGAUUGAACCCAGAUUGGCCACAAGCAAGGCAAACGCCCAACCCACUGUACUAUCACUCCAGCCCCAGAAAUAAAUUACUAUGUAGAUAGGUCUAUGAUGUGGUCUCUGUCCUGAACACGUAGACUUUUUGUCAUUCCCUAAACACCUUAGUAACCCUUAGUAACUCAGAAAGUAUAGCAGGUAGGCAAUUGCCUUGCAUGCAGCUGACCAGCGUUUAAUACACAGCAUCCAAGAUGCUCCCCUGGGCUUUAUCAGAGUGAUCCCUGAGUGCAGAGCCAGGUGUAGGCCCAAGCACAGCCAGGUGUGACCUCAAAACAAAACAAAACAAAAAAUAGAGGAGUUGCGAUGCACAGGGGUUACUCUGGCUCUGCACUCUGGAAUUACUCGUGGUGGUGCUCAGAGGAUCAUAUGGGAUGCUGGGAGUUGAACCCGGGUCAGCCACAUGCAAGGCAAAAGCCCUACCUGCUGUAAUAGCUCUCCAGCCCCAGGAGUUGCUUUGCUUCUUAAAAAGAUAAAAAGACAAAGCUUCAUCUUAAUAACUCCUUAUAUAGUAUUUAAGUUGUAUUAGGCAAGUAAUCUAAAAAUAAUUGAGAGGGACCCUGGGAGAUCAAAAGUCUGACCCCUGGAAUGCACUGCCCGAAUAUGCCGAUUACCUCAAUGGUCUCGCAUCUAAGCAUGACUCCAGAGGAUACCACAACCAAUAGGGGACCUAUACAAGCAAGCACCACAGCCAGGUCUGAGUGUGAUCCCUAGCCAUGACAACAACGAAGGGAAGGCAAAAAGGAAAAGAAGCACAUGAAAAGAUUUGUCACAGAUGAUAGGCACAUACUAGGACAUUUAUUUUAAGGGGUUUUAAGCAUCAGGAGGUUUCGGUGUGGGAGGAGGUAGUCCUGCGACUAAGGCCCUAAGCAUACAGUGUUAACUGCCUCCA